AUGCCUGUCAUCUCUAUCAAUGGCAAUGAGCUCGACCCUGAGCAGCAGGCCCCCGUCCUCAGAGCCCUCAAUCUAGAGUCCGAGGAUGCCUCCAAGUCUGACUAUAUCCUCAUUCAAGCCUCUACUCCCCUCUCUGAUGCGCAGGAGGACCAGCUCGAGAAAUUGGGCGCCGUCAUCCACGAAUACGUCUCAGAGAACACCUACCUGUGUGGCUACAAGAACAGCGACCUGGAGCAGCUGAGAGCUCUCGACUUCGUUGACUGGGCCAAUGUGUAUCUGGACACCUUCGUCAUCCAGCCUAGCUUGAAAUUGGCUCCGCAAACGACUCAUAGCUUGUCGCUGCCAAAAGCCCGUCAGACCAGCCACCUCCACGAGGUGGACCUGCAAUUCCACAAAGAUGUCGACACGCAGGCGGCGGAUCUCAAGACGGCCAUUGCAACCGCUGCUCGAGUGGACCCCGAGGGGCUCAAAAUCGGCAACCAUAAAGUUAGACUUUCUGUCCAAGAACAGUAUCUCGAGGAACUAGCUGCGCUUGACCAAGUCCGGCUAAUCCAAAAGGUGCACCCGGCAAGGCUGUUCAACACUGUAGCCGUUGACAUCAUCAAAGGCGAAGUUAAUCUGAAUGGCACCGCCUAUGAAGGUGAGGGCCAGGUUGUUGCGGUUGGUGACACUGGUUUCGACAACGGCAACACCCAGGACGUGCACCACGCCUUUACUGGUCGCGUCAAGAGCCUCUACCCGCUGGGACGGGCGAAGUCUGACGACCCUGAUGGCCAUGGCACCCACGUCUGCGGAUCUGUCCUCGGAGACGGGCAGUCCAAGACUAUGGGAGGCCGAGUUCGAGGUGUUGCCGUGAAAUCUUCGCUCGUCGUCCAGUCGCUCUUGGACGCUCGCGGAGGCCUUGGAGGCAUCCCUGAUGACCUGACAAGCCUCUUCGUCCAGCCGUACGAGAAAGAUGGCGCCAAAAUCCACACCAACUCCUGGGGAUCCACGUCUUCCUCCCAGCUGCCAUACGACACCAGCAGCACCGAAAUUGACAAAUUUGUCUAUGAGCACCCUGACAUGGUGAUCCUCUUCGCCGCCGGCAACGACGGAAAGGAUUUGAACCGCGACGGCACUGUUGAUGAAAAACAGAUUGGCUCGCAAGCGGCCGCCAAAAACUGCAUCACCGUAGGCGCGAGCGAAAAUAACCGCCCGAACCUGCCUGUGAAAUACGGCCCUCGCUAUCCUUCUCCCCUGGGCAGUGACCUGAUGGCCGACCAUCCAAAUGGCAUGGCCGCUUUCAGCAGUCGAGGCCCUACCAAGGAAGGCCGGAUUAAGCCAGACGUCGUCGCCCCCGGCACCGGCAUCCUCUCCACCCGCUCCCGCAAACUCCUUAACCCAGGCAACCGCUUCGGCGACAGCACGGACCCCAACUUCUGGUUCUGUGCCGGCACCAGCAUGGCCACGCCCCUCGUGGCUGGAGCCGUCGCCGUGCUGCGCGAAAGCAUCGUUAAGAACGGCAACAAGACGCCGAGCGCCGCCCUCAUCAAGGCGAUGCUCAUCAACGGCGCCGUCGAACUCCCAGGCCAAUACGUGCCGUCCGAAGCCGGGCCUUCGCCCAACCCCAGCUCGGGAUUCGGCCGCGUCAACCUCAAGAACUCGGUUGUGUUGAAGGACGACAAACUCGCGGGCUACGAAGAAAAGUCCAUGGCGAAGGGAGCCGCGGACAACGUCACGACGAUCCAGAUCCCCGCGCCGGCGGGCAAGAGCAGCAGCGACAACAGUAACACGCUGAAGGUGACGCUGGUGUGGUCGGACCCGCCCGGCGCGACGCUGCAGAACGACCUGGACCUCAUCGUCACGGCGUCGGACGGCAAGGAGCGCCACGGAAACAUGGGCGAGGGCGAGGGCUUCGACCGGGCGAACAACGUCGAGCAGGUGCAGUGGAAGAACAUCCCGGCCGGCGAGGUCAAGAUCACGGUGCGGGUGUAUCGCAUCGCGACGAAGAAUGUGCCGCAGCCGUAUGCUCUUACCUGGAGUGUUAACCGGGCUCUUUAA